CGUAAAGCGCUACGAUUAAUAAAGUAUGCCCGCGCGUAUCCAUCGCACUCUGCAACACAACACCGACGACGACGAAGCCACAAGCCCCAGUGAACUGGUCUGCACGUAAAGGCACCGGGCCAGCUGACAUUGCCGACUUUACAAGCUACAAUGAAGAGCACCAUAUCGUAAACGUACACAAGAAUGGACAGAGUGUUGCUUUUCCUGCUCGCAUCUUGGGGCACCAGCUCUGUGCUCGCCCGGAGCAGCCAGGCCCCACCUCCAACGGGCAUUGCCCGAAGCACUCAAGCAACGCUACCUGAUGACGUCGAUGCGGCGCGAGCGUUGCUCCUGUCGCUGCUGGGGCCGGAUGCGGCUGCCAACGCGACUGUGGUGCGCCCUCUCAUGCCACCUGGCACGGACCCCUGCACGCCAACUGCCGACAAUUUGGCGGCGUGGGCGGCCUGGAACGGGCCCGAAGCCGACGCGGACACGGCGGCGGCGUGGACUGCGAAGGGAGCUUGCGGGCCACAAUGGUCCGUGGCCUCGCCCUCCGCCAAUGCCACUAGCAGCUCAAUGAAUUCUAGUGGGGGGCCGUCGCGCCGCAACCGGCGCCUCCAUGACGUGGCGCGGCGACUGCUGCAGCCGGGCGGCGGCGGCGUAGCUGCGCCAGCGGCGGCGCUGGCGGUGCCUGGGGGCGCCUACCCCGGCGGGCCGCCGCCCUGCGCCUGGGCGUGGCUCUCCUGCAACAACUGGCGCAUUGUGGCCGUGAACCUGAGCUGCGGCGGUGCGUCACGGAACAGCGGCGCGUGCUCGCUGCCGCGGCUGCGCGGCUCGCUGCCCGCCUCCACGCCAGGGCUGGCGGCGCUGGCCGCCCUAGACCUGUCCGGCAACAACGGGCUGACGGGCGGACUGCCGCUCAGUACCUGGCAGACGCCGUGGACCAGCCUGCAGAUCCUGAACAUGAGUUACACUGGCCUCAGCAACGUCUUGCCUAUGGACUGGAGCGACCUGCCCGGAUUGACAGUACUGGACCUGAGCCAGAACAACAUCAAGGGCACGCUGCCAUCCGGCAUGGCGGCACUGACCAGUCUCACGUGGCUCAGCGUCGCCGGCAACGGCGCCCUCAGCGGCUACCUGCCCUCGGCCUGGGCGGCCCUUGGCUCGCUGCUGUGGCUCGACGUGCGCAGCGUGUGUAGGCUGUGCGGCACCACAGACAUGUUUGACAACCUCACGUCAGGGCUGACGGCCGGCAGCCACGUGAACACGCGCUGCCGCCCCGACGAGUGCGAUUUGGACUUGGGCAACCUGCACGGCAUAUUCCAGGGCGUGCUUGCUGGCUUCGCGUCGGUGAUGGGCUUGUGUGCCAUUGUCCUCGUGAUCCGGCGCGUCCGCGACUGCACCCACGGCCGAACCUACCGCUCGGUGCGUCUCUCCGCUACCCCUGCCAGCCGCAGCCACCGCGGCAGUUCAGGCGGUGGCAGUGGCGAUGCCGCGGCCGGCGGGAACGCCGCCGGGGGCGGGAUGGGCACCGGCAGCACGCGUACGCGGAGUCGGCGUGCCCGGUCUCACCGCAGGCGCGGCGCGGGCGCGACGGCGGCCUCUGUGCCGCUGUAUGUGGUGGAGUUUGAAGCGGACGGCACCUGCAAGUGGGCUCUGCAGCUGCCGGGGGUUGAGGAGAUGCGGCCUGACGGCGCUGGUGGCACGGGCGGCAGCGACCCGGCCGGCCAGGUAGCUGAGCUGCAGCGGCAGCACCAGGCAGGCACGAGCGACGUGGAGAUGAGCGCGGCACGGCGGGGAGCCGGUGACGAAGGCACGCAGCCACGCAGCGAGGGGGCUGCUUCGCCCGCAGCCCUGCCUGCGAUGGAGGAGCCUGAGGGUGCCGCUGGCGCUGAGGCGUCGUCGUCAGGUGCCGCUGGGACGGCAGCGCAGGCGGAACCCAGCGGCAGCAACCUGCGAGGCGGUGCCAGCGUGGGGUCGAACUCAGGGGCGGCCGCGCGUAUCAUUGCUGAGGCAAUAAGCAACGGGGAGGCCGCGGAAGCGGCGGCGCGCGCCAAGGCGCGGGAGGAGGGAAUUCGACAGGCGGCCGACGCGGCGCGGCCGCCCGAUGCAGUCAUCUUGCAGCCCGACGGCUUUGAGGUAUGCCUCGGGUCUCGUGUGGCUGGCGCGCCGGCGGAGCCAGAGCCGGCGGCAGCGGGCCUGGCCUCGGCUGCGGAGGCUGCAGGCGCAGCUUCGGCGGAGGACCGCUCUGGAGGAGUAAGACGGCAGGAAAGCGGCACGGACACUUGCGGGAGCGGGGGUGGGAGCGGGGGCUCAGAGACGACGGGUGAUGACACUCCCAGCGAUGCGCCGGAGGCUGCUGGCGCAGGUGGCAGCGGUGCUGCAGGCCCGUCAACACCUCCAUCGGGUGUGGACACGUCCUCGGUGUCGUGCACGUUGUCUUCCUCGUGCACGGAUUCAUUUACCCCGGGCGGGGGAGGUGGUGCGGGCAGCAGGCGUGACGCUUAAUGCCUAGCUCGGGAGUUGGUUGCAGCUACGCGCCAGACUCUCCCACAGCCGGCUGCGCUUCCUGCCGUGCUGCGUAACGGCGGGGAACUAGUGGAGCGCGCUUACGAGCAUUGCUUACACAACCGGGCUUGAGUUUGCGUGACUGGGGUUAUGGGUAUGGUGUGGGUAUGCAUAACGGUAUUGGGCUUGUAACGAGGUUGAGAAGGAGGGCAGCCAUUGCUUCCUGAAUGCGCUGUAUGCCAGGCGUAGAUGUGUUGUGGCGACGGGCUUAUGUAUAGCGGUACGUUCGAUUGUUUUAAUGUCAGGCGUGAUACUACAACGGCCGCGCGACGUUGGCGCGCGACGUGGCACCCCAGCCUACCUCGCACGUGCGUCGGCAUGACGAGCGGAAUGGGGAGACAUUUCGGUUUGCCCACGGUUGCGUCGGUAUGCAAUUGUGUACAGCGCGCUCCGCAAUUGGGCACUGUCGUAAGCAAUCUUGAUCUGGAUGGGCUGGCUGCAAUUCGAAGGGUGGAGUACCGCACACUAUGUAUAGCUACUAGCGGCGCGCUGAGCCCGUGGGCAACGGGCACAGGUGAUGGUGCCGUGGCCCUCUGCCCUCAGUAGCAGGCAGGCUGCGCUGACCCCGACGCGGCCGCACUGCAGAGAAGGAUUUGGCUGGUGCUGCCUUCUCAUCGGUCGUAUGCGUGUCAUGAUAGCUUGGCUCGGUUACCUCCUAAAGUUUGAAAUGUUGCAUGUGAUGGUCACCGCACGUGGUCACCGUGUGGCAAGUGCACGUGCACGUGCAAGUCACGCCCAACACGUGUGUGUGUCAAAAGUUGGCGCAGCGAACGCUGUUACAUGCGCGUGUUGUCGGUUUGGCUGAUGUGUCUGUCCUGUUGUGAGCUGCCUUGGAGCGCCGAAGUCGAGAGCGGACACCAGUCCACACACCAAUCCAUCCAUCAAUAUAUGUCGACUAGCUAACGUCCCACAGCCAGCUCAACUCCGCAGGCCCCUCGUCCCCGUACUUGUUCGGGGGUUGUUGUUGACGAACUGGGUGGUGCCGUUCGGCGCUGUCCGGGCCUGUGUUCCCUGCACUCAUGUUGCCAUGGAGGAGGGGGAGGGCCUGAGCAUGUGAUUGUUGGUCAUUUUGGGAUGGGCCCUUGAAGCCUGUGUCACGCCGCAUAGCGCUCCAGGUGAAAUUUAUUCUGGGUCGCAUUUAGGUCGUUUACUCUGACACUCAGUCGCACGCAGAUUGCGCGUGGCGCCAUAUCGUUUGAUUUCCCCUUUUAUUUGUGUCUGCGCUCGUUGAAACUGUGGUGUCAAAUUGCAGCGGCGAGCCCUGCGCAGGAUCCGCGCUAGAGGUCGUUGGGGCUGGUGUAGGGACGACGCGUGAAGAGUCCACAAGCAUCGUGAGGCAUCGGAGGGUACCGUUGGACAACAGUCGUGCGCGGCGUGUGUCAUUGUACUGCCAUUGUAAGAACCUUGCAUG